CUUUUGUUUCAGUUAUGUUCAGACAUUGUGUGGUAGUGUACAACUGAAAGUGUUUGCCAAGCGCAUUUAAUAGUGUGCCAGCAGUGCAGACAGCCUCUCUGAAACAGAUCAAGGAAAGCAGCCUUUCACCUGUCUCUACAAGAUUCUUGAUAACAUUUAACAGUGCAGAUCAGCUCCAACUAACACAUCAGCACCUCAUCGUGCUCCUGUGACAGAGAGACACCAUCAUGCUCUUGUUCCUCUUCUUGUUUGGUCUGGCUCUGGGUGCUGAGUCUCCUUCAGGUGACCAUGAAAUGAAGCUACAGCGUGGUAACUGUCCCAUGUUCUGGUUUGGCUUCAACCACUGCUGCUACAAGUACGUCACCACACGUAUGACCUGGGCUCAUGUAGAGCUCUACUGUGUGUCAGAGAGGGCCAACCUAGUGUCUAUCCAUAGCCUGGAAGAACAGGAGUUUGUCAAAUCCCUGAUCAAGAACUUUGACGCUGCUCAGGGAAAAACCUGGAUCGGACUCAAUGACAUCCCCAAAGAAGGCAGAUGGAUGUGGUCUGAUGCAUGUGCAGUGGACUUUGUCUUUUGGGAUGCAGAAGAGCCAAACAACCAUGGAGAAUAUGAAAACUGUGUUCACAACAAACAUGAUAGUAAUGUGAAAUGGAUAGAUUGCACAUGUUCUGACACUUAUCCCUCUGUUUGUGCAUCUUGCAUAGUCUUUCCUUAGGAACUGAGAUGGUUGCUGAAAAACAAAAAAUGCGAGUUUUCAAUUUUUAUACAGACAACA